AUGCCUGACGUUACGUGCUUGAUUCUGUCAAAACGACCUAACAGCGCCCAGGUGGGUGGAGUAUGUGACACAAAUGUCGACUGUUACGUGGCCAACUCCUCGUGCCAGAGACUCUUCACAAACUGUCUGCACGGGGAGUGUGUGUGUGCAGCCGACCACGUGCACGAUGGAGGAGUCUGCAAAUCACUUGUGUCGUUUAAUGCCACAUGUGACAACUCAACUGUUUGCGCAAACACGACCACAUGUCAGGAGGGGCGGUGCGCGUGUGACGAGGGUCUGACCUACCACCCUGUUCUACAUUCCUGUGUCCCCGGCAAUAAGAACCUUAUUGGAGAGGAAUGCGGCUCAGACAUUGACUGCUACGCAGGAAUAGCAGUUUUUUUGCACUAUGGUGGCGCUAGCACUGUUGAGGCGCUGGCACUGUUGCACCUGUCAGUGUUGAAGCGAAGCCCUUUACAACAAACGACAACAGAGAGAGCAACAUGA